UCAUCUUCACCAAAGUAAAUGAGAUCCAUUUGUCUUCUGUCUCUCCGACCUAAAGCGCGGUGGUAGAACAGUUUAACGUUAGUGUGGGUUUGAUCAAGAGUUUAUACGAGUCUAAACGGGUAGCUACUGAGUCAAAUUCCCCGGAUACGAUUCCCUGUAUUCCUUCUCCAGAGAGAUCGAUUCGCUCCAGACUGAGAAGUUCCUCAGCUCCAGAGACGCCUCGGAUUGUUCAGAGGUUGGAGAUCCAGAGGCACCGAAUUGACCUGGAAACGCGACGGAUUUAAAGAAAGAAAAACAACCCGGAAAUUAAAUGCCACUUGGAUGUUCUGCUCUGUGGACCUGAGUGAUCUCAACGUUCACAAUGUGCUUCACCAACGUGGAUGUGGAAAAUGGAGGCAUCUUCAUGUGUCAUGGCUUAGAGGAUCUUGUAAGAACGAAGCUUUAAGAUUCAAGUGAAAUUCCACCCUCAUUGCUCACAUUCUCCAGUCAUCUGCCUGGGACACCACAGUCACUUCUCAGCCUACACGGUCUUGGACGAGUCCAUCAGCACCGGUGUACAGAGGCAGGAACAUCUGCAGAGAGCUUGUCCCAAAAGAGCUGCCAGGCUGUUUGAGAAUGAACCGCUUUCACUUAUACACCAUUGUGCUGUUUGAAGUCUGCAUGCUCCACCUCCCUUUAACUGAAGCUGGUCAGAACCCAGACCAUGUGCUGCAGGGGGCCGGUGGCAAGUACAGCUCAGACUCCAGAAGACCAGGUUCGACAGUGGAGCCCGAGGACGCACCCCGUUUCCUCAGCUGUUACUGCUCAGGCCACUGCCCAGAGGAUGCCAAGAACAACACCUGCAUGACAAAUGGCCAGUGCUUUGCCAUCAUUGAAGAAGAUGAAAAUGGAGAAGUGUUCUUAAGCUCAGGCUGUAUGAAGUAUGAGGGGUCCCAUUUUCAGUGCAAGGAUUCACAGUAUGCCCAGGCGAGACGAAGCAUCGAGUGCUGUCAGUCUGACUUCUGUAAUCAUGAUCUGAAGCCUGAACUGCCUCCACGAGAGUCAGAGGUAUUACUUGCCCCUCACUGGCUGGCCCUGUUCAUCUCCGUUACAGUGUGUUGCUGUACUCUCGUCUGCAUCACUGUGGUGUGUUACUACAGGUAUAAGUGGCAAACAGAGAGGCAGCACUACCACAGAGACUUGGAGCAGGCCGAAGCCUUCAUUCCUCCCGGAGAAUCUAUCAAAGACCUCAUCCACCAGUCUCAGAGCUCUGGCAGUGGCUCUGGGCUCCCCCUGCUGGUGCAGCGUACCAUUGCCAAGCAGAUCCAGACGGUGCGUUUGAUUGGGAAAGGCCGCUGUGGUGAGGUGUGGUUGGCCCGCUGGAGGGGGGAGAAGGUGGCGGUGAAAGUGUUCUGCACUCGUGAAGAGGCCAGCUGGUUCAGAGAGACCGAGAUCUACCAGACCGUGCUUAUGAGACAUGAAAACAUUUUGUGCUUUAUAGCAGCAGAUAUAAACGGUACAGGAGCCUCCUCCCAGAUGUACCUCAUCACGUACUACCACGAAAACGGCUCUCUGUAUGACUACCUGAAGUUCACCACCCUGGACACGCAGGCCUUGCUGAAACUCGCCUACUCUGCAGCGUGCGGUCUGUGCCACCUUCACACCGAGAUCUAUGGCACACAUGGCAAACCAGCCAUCGCUCACCGGGAUCUGAAGAGCAAGAACAUUCUGGUCAAGAGAAACGGCACCUGCUGCAUCGCCGACCUGGGAUUGGCUGUCAAAUUUAACAGUGACAGUAAUGAAGUCGACAUCCCUCUGAGCACUCGUACAGGAACCCGGCGCUACAUGGCCCCAGAGGUCCUCGACGAAAGUCUGUGUAAGAACCACUUUCAUGCUUACGUCAUGGCCGACAUCUAUAGUUACGGACUGGUCAUGUGGGAGAUGGCGAGGCGCUGCGUCACAGGAGGGAUAGUCGAGGAGUACCAGCUUCCGUAUUAUGACAUGGUCCCCUCAGACCCUUCGUACGAAGACAUGUUGCAGGUAGUGUGUGUGAAAGGCCUUCGGCCCACAGUGUCCAACAGGUGGAACAGUGACGAGUGUUUGAGGGCUAUGUUAAGGUUGAUGUCAGAGUGCUGGGCCCACAAUCCACAAUCACGCCUCACUGGUCUACGUGUCAAGAAGACAUUAGCUAAAAUGGUGGAACUGCAGGACAUCAAAAUCUGAGCCAUGUCCGAAUUGAGCUUGUUUAACCAGGCCAGUCAGAGACCGGAUCAAACAGAGACACGGGCUGAGAGAGAGUGAACUCUUCGUGAACUUCCAUGGCAUCUUUGCUCCUUCCCUGCUUGACCUCUGGAGAGCACACAGAGCCAGUUUUUGUUGUUUUGUUUUUGUUUUGCUUUCUGUGAAAGCUGUACAAUCACAGGCUUUGAAGAGAUUCAGACUGCAGCUGUGAAUCUUCUAGGAGUCUUGGGAUGGACAACGCAUUAUACACCAAGCUACUUGUUUCUGUCUCAGCUGUGUAUGUAUUUGUCUGGGAUGAACCUCAAUUCCUGCCAUACGGAAAAACAUUUGUGACUUUUUGCCAAGCGCAAUUAUACAUAGACUUGUAAAUAAAAUCGUAAUGUUAGACUGCACAAGCUAAAAAAUAUGAAAUGUUCUAAUAACACUUCAAUCUUCAAUCUUUAAAACUGUCAUGAAAGAAUUCCCCGUGUACGUUAACACUUUAAUGUAGAUAGUGCAUAGCGGUCAAAGAGUUCACACCGGCUGCUAUUAGACUUGUAUCAAGAAAUGUUCUUUUACAGCAAGUCUAAAUUCUGUAUUUUUCAGUAUUUUAAGGGAAUAUUUAGAUUUUUUUUUUUUUUUCCCUUAAAUUGCUGGGUUUUUUUUUUUUUUUAGAUGUCAGUCUCAUGGAAAGCUACAGGAAUCCUUAUAUGGACUUACUGCUGGAAUGAUCAACAUUUAUAGACCAUGUGAAGAGAAAUACGAAAGAAAACACCAGCCUUAAUUUACUUUUAUUGGUUUCCGUGCCACUGAAAAAGCAGUGAACAUCUAUGACAUGGGGUUUAUAUGUACAGGAAGUAUGAACCAACAGUCCUCAGUUUAGUGCCAGACUAAAUAUGCCUUAUCAAAAUUUGCCAACAUUUUACGAUGUUAUACAAAGGUAAAAUUACAGAAAAAUAAAUGAUUUUGAAAAUUAUUAAAAUGGUCAUAAAAUGCUCUUCAAAAAAUAAAUUUGUUUUAAAAAAUAUAAAUAGGUAAAAGAUGAUUGGGAUAACUCGAGAAAAAACAGUUCAUUGCAAUAAAAUAUUACAGGAAACAGUAGCUGUGUAAGCAACGUGUGCACUCUGUGGCUAGAAGAGGAUAUUUUGGAAAAGCAGAAAGUUUUUCUUGAAUCAUUAUUAUUCAUUUGCUCACGAAAAUUGAGCUGUGAUUCGUGACUUUUU